AUGGCAUCGAGAUCAUCACCAACAAUCUCCAACUUCACCGACGAGCCUUGGGAGACAGCAACGAUUAUCGGGGAGACCUACGAGGAUGAAUACCUCGUCCGAAAACACAUCUCUUCCACGGGCGAACUAGCAAACAAGAAGAUGCAGAGCAGGCUACGGACUGAUCAUGUUCUUCGCCGCAAAAUCAUCGUUGGUGCCUGUGUGGGCAGCGUUCUCUUCCUAGCACUGCUUGGUUUUGGUAUCAGUAUGUUUGCGGCCUAG